AAAAAAAAAAUCCUGUUCGUCGACUCAAAAACCCCUGUGUAGCGUUGUGAGAGAAAGAGAGUUCGUUCCAUCACAAUAAAACCUUAUCUUUCUCCAUUGUUCUCUCUCUCUUUCGGAGCUCUCUCCAACUCUCAGCCGCUCCCCACAAUUCCUGCGAAACUCACAGGACCUUGUGGAUAAAAUUUCCCUCACCGGAACUCGAUUGAAUUCCUUCAUUCUCCAUUUUUAUUUUCUCCACACCUCGCGUCCAUGGAGUCGAAGGAGUUCGCUCAAGAACCGUCGCUACACAAUUCAGUCUCUUCAGGUUCUUCUUCGACUUCCUCCUCGUCUUUUUCCUCUUCUUCCGUUGAUUCCCAUGCCGAUACUCCCUCUGUCGAUGACCGACAGAUGGGGGUUGCUGAAAUUAAAACUAGUGUAGCUGGCGAUGGGGGAGGUAGUGAUGCUGGUGGUUCGGAAACUGAAGGGUUUCUGAGUGGGGAGGAGGAAUUUGAAUCUGCUUUUGAUAGACCGAUUGUGGGUUAUCCAGAGGAAGAAGCCCUCGGGAAAUCCGUCCAAGGGGGUGAUGGUGGUAGUCCUUUUAUGAGUUAUUCCGAAUUUUCUGCUCCGGUUAGUGUUAGGCCAAUUGCGAAGGUUUCUGUUGAUAGUGACAUUGAGGAGGAGGAGGAGGAUGGUUUUCAGGUGGAUGAAGACUUGGGGAGGAAGGGGGAAACAGAUUAUUUUGUUGAGAGUAAGAAGGGAAGGGAAGUUGAGGUUCCAGUGGAAAAGGAGGAGAUUCUUGUAUCUGGUGGAAAUGAGAAUUUGGGUGAUGUGGUGAAUGAAGGGGAUGAUGAUGCUACUCAUGUGGUCGAAAGAACAAUUGAGUUGUCGGGGAACUCGAAAGAAGGCAAUGUGCCUGAAAGUUCAGUAGCCGAGGAUGUUGGCUCUGUGCCCGAGGAAACUGUUGAUGGUGGGAAGCAGGUGCCAGAGGGGGAUGAGUUGAAUAAUGUGACAGCCAAACAGCAACAAAAUGAGGCUUCAGAUGGAGAAAAAGAAGCAGAGUUGAAUAAAGAAAGUAUGACGGCUGGGAAGCAGGUUGAUGAAGGGAUUGACUUGAAUGAGAAGGUGGUUGCUGAAGAUGUAGAGCGAUUAAAAGAACAGGAAACGCCUGGUUCUUCUUCUGAUGACAAGGCUGAUUUGGGAGACCAAGCAAGCUCUAAGCCUGUAGAACUAGCAGAUGGAAAACAAGAAGCGGAGAUGGAAAAAGGAAGUUUUGUGGCUGAGAAGCAGGUGGAUGGGGAGGUUGAACUGAAUGAAAAGGUGGCUGCUGAAGAUGGAAAGCAGUUAAAAGAAUUGGAAACUGGUUCUCCCAUCGAAGACAAAGCUGUUCUGGGUGUCAAGGUUUUAGAACCAGCAGAUGGAGGUCAGGAAGCAGAAAUUGAUGAAGGAAGUCCCGUGGCUGAUAUUCAAGCAGUUGGGGAGGUUAGCUUGAAUGACAAGGUGGAUGCUGAAGAUGGAAAACUGUUAACCAAAUUGGAACCUGUUUCUUCUGUUGACAACAAAGCCGAUCAUGACGAUCAAGUAAACCCCGAGGUUGCAGAACUAGCGGAUGAAUUUACUGGUUCAGUUUUAGAUGACAAAACCUUGCAUGAAAGUUCACAGGUGUCAGCAACAGAUGCCGUUGGUAAUCCGGAUGAAAUAAAGGACGUGGAAAAUAGGGAGACUGCAGAUUUGGUACAUGGAGCUGCCAAAUUGGAUAAUGGGUUUGAUAAUGUUGGUCAUGAGGUGGAUGAGCCUGUUGACCAUAAUUCUGUGGUUUCAAACUCUGAGAUUAAUAACAACGUGCCGGAUGUCAGUACCGCAGUUGCAACACAAGAAGUAGCGCCUCAUGGAGACAGAGCAAUUGCUGCUUCUGAUAUUGCAAAAAGUGAAAAUCUUGCGGAUAUGGAUGUAGAAGAUCAGCAGCCUGAUGGAGAUGGGGCUUCAACAGUUAAUGAAGAAAGAGAAACUGUGAAUCUUGUUGAUUCUCCAACUGAGGCAGGGAAUGAAAAAGAUUCUAAAUUUGAUUCUAAAAUAAGAGAGGAUGUGCCUGGUGAUGUUGAAUCUGAACCGUCUCAGGAGGAUAGGUCUUUGGUUAAAGAAAGCAUCCCAGAUAAUGCUUCAGUGGAAGAUAGCGGAAUUUCUGUUGCUCCUAAGUUACUUGAACCAGUUUUGAAUGAAGUAGAUGGGGAAAAGCAACCUUUAGAUGAAGAAGGUGGUAUUGAGGGUUCUGGUACAGAUGGAGAGACUGAAGGUGAGAUAUUUGGUAGUUCUGAAGCUGCCAGAGAAUUCUUGCAGGAAUUGGAGAGAGCCUCAGGAGCUGGUUCCCAUUCUGGUGCAGAUAGUUCUAUUGAUCAUUCACAGAGAAUAGAUGGCCAGAUUAUCACAGACUCAGAUGAAGCAGACACGGAUGAUGAAGGUGAUGGAAAGGAGUUGUUUGAUUCUGCUGCUUUGGCAGCACUUCUUAAAGCAGCUAGAGAUGCUGGCUCAGAUGGUGGCCCUAUCACUGUGACAUCUCAGGAUGGCUCCCGGCUUUUUUCCAUUGAACGUCCUGCUGGUCUUGGGUCUUCACUUAUAUCUGGAAAAAAUGCUUCCCGCCCAAGCCGUCCUCUCACUUUUGCCCCAUCAAAUCCUAGAAUGGGGGAUGAUUCUGAAAAUAAAUUGAGCGAAGAGGAGAAAACUAAACUACAGAAGUUACAGCAGAUAAGGGUGAACUUUUUAAGGCUUGUUCAGAGACUAGGUGUUUCUCCUGAUGAUUCAUUAGUAGCACAGGUUCUAUAUCGUUUUGGGCUUGUAGCCGGUAGGUCUACUGGUCAGCUAUUUAGCUUCGACAAUGCGAAAAAUACAGCUAUUCAGCUUGAAGCAGAAGGAAAGGAAGAUUUAGACUUCUCAUUGAACAUACUUGUUCUUGGGAAAUCAGGUGUGGGAAAGAGUGCAACUAUAAAUUCAAUUUUUGGGGAGGAUAAAACUCCAAUCAAUGCAUUUGGGCCUGGCACAACUACGGUGAAAGAAAUUGUUGGGACAGUGGAAGGUGUUAAGAUCAGGGUUUUUGAUUCACCUGGUCUUAGAUCCUCUUCAUCUGAACGUAGUAUCAACCACAGAAUUUUAUCCUCAAUUAAGAAUGUAAUGAAGAAGUUCCCUCCUGAUAUUGUUCUUUAUGUGGACCGGCUGGAUAACCAAACCAGAGAUCUUAAUGAUCUGCUGCUGUUAAGAUCAGUAUCCAGCUCCCUUGGUUCUUCCAUCUGGAAAAAUGCGAUCAUCACUCUCACUCAUGCUGCCUCUGCUCCACCUGAUGGUCCAUCUGGUUCCCCUUUGGGUUAUGAGGUGUUUGUUGCUCAACGAUCUCAUGUUCUUCAGCAAACUGUUGCUCAAGCUGUUGGUGAUCUGCGCAUCCUAAAUCCAACUUUAAUGAAUCCGGUUUCACUUGUUGAAAAUCAUCCCUCUUGUAGGAAGAAUCGAGAUGGCCAGAAGGUGCUUCCUAAUGGUCAAAGUUGGAGGCCCCAGCUAUUACUUUUAUGUUUCUCUAUUAAAAUCCUCGCUGAAGUAGGAAAUCUUUCAAAAGCUCCAGAGACAUUUGACCACAGGAAGAUUUUUGGUCUCCGUGGCCGUUCACCUCCUCUUCCAUAUUUAUUGUCUGGUUUGUUGCAAUCCCGCACACACCCGAAGCUUGCAUCAGAUCAAAAUGGUGAUAAUGGCGAUUCCGAUAUUGAUUUGGCCGACUUGUCUGAUUCUGAUCAAGAAGAGGAGGAAGAUGAGUAUGAUCAGCUCCCUCCAUUCAAGCCCCUCAGAAAAUCUCAGAUUUCUAAGCUUAGCAAAGAGCAAAGAAAGGCAUACUUUGAGGAAUAUGAUUAUCGGGUAAAGCUGCUCCAGAAAAAGCAGUGGAAAGAGGAAUUAAAAAGGAUGAGAGAUAUCAAGAAGAAGGGUCAACCUAAUGUGGAUGAUUAUGGCUACAUGGGGGAGGAUGACCAGGAAAAUGGUAGUCCAGCUGCUGUACAGGUUCCUCUACCUGACAUGGCCCUUCCUCCUUCUUUUGAUGGUGAUAAUCCAGCUUACAGAUUUCGAUUCUUGGAGCCAACAUCUCAGUUCCUGGCAAGGCCAGUCUUGGACACCCAUGGUUGGGACCAUGACUGUGGAUAUGAUGGUGUGAAUCUUGAACAGAGUAUGGCCAUUGUUAAUCGGUUUCCUGCUGCUGUUACUGUUCAAAUUACGAAGGACAAAAAAGAAUUCAAUAUCCACUUAGAUUCCUCAGUUUCUGCCAAGCAUGGAGAAAAUGGUUCUACUAUGGCAGGUUUUGACAUUCAAAAUAUUGGUAGGCAGCUUGCCUACAUCCUUAGAGGAGAGACAAAAUUCAAAAAUUUCAGAAAGAACAAGACAGCUGCUGGGGUAUCAGUGACAUUCUUGGGAGAGAAUGUGUGCCCUGGAUUUAAAGUUGAGGAUCAGAUUACACUAGGGAAGCGUGUUGUACUGGUUGGUAGCACUGGCAUUGUUCGAUCUCAGGGCGAUUCUGCAUUUGGUGCCAAUUUGGAAAUGCGGCUAAGGGAGGCCGACUUCCCAAUUGGACAAGAUCAAUCAUCACUUGGUUUAUCUCUUGUAAAAUGGAGAGGAGACACGGCGUUGGGGGCAAAUUUUCAGUCACAGUUUUCAGUUGGACGAAGUUACAAAAUGGCAGUACGUGCAGGAAUCAACAACAAACUAAGUGGGCAGAUCUCUGUCAGAACAAGCAGUUCUGACCAACUUCAGAUUGCUCUUAUUGCUCUCCUUCCAGUUGCCAGGGCUAUUUACAACAGCCUACGUCCCGGAGUUGCUGAAAAUUACUCAACCUAUUAGGAAUGGUAGAACAAUAGAGGGUAUUCAAUGAGAUUUUAUUCCUUCAUCAAAUCAUGAGUUUUUAAGUUUUCUACAAUGAGGCCUCUUAUUCUGAAUGACAUUUUUGUCCUUGAUUUACUUUCAUUAAUGUAUUCUCUUUCUCUCAAGUUUAAUUCUAUAUUGAAUGAUGAUUAGCAUGAAA